CAUGCUUUGGCUUCACUUUUGCUUUUGAGGAGCUCUUCCGUCCCUCUUCGUGCAUUCAGUCUGUGUCAGCCUGAUCGUUAGUCCGUUAGUUUUGAAACUAUGGCAAAGAACAUCACCCUGCUUUGGGGCUCCGGCUCUCCCCCCUGCUGGAGGGUGAUGAUCGCCCUGGAGGAGAAGAACCUGCAGGGAUACAACCAAAAACUGCUCUCCUUCGACAAAAUGGAGCACAAGUCCCAGGAAGUGUUGAAUAUAAACCCCAGGGGACAGCUUCCAACUUUCAAACAUGGAGACAUUGUGGUGAAUGAAUCCUAUGCAGCCUGUUUUUACUUGGAGAACACGUUUAAGUCCCAGGGAAGCAAACUGAUCCCAGACGGCGCAGAAGAACGAGCUCUGAUGUACCAGCGCAUGUUUGAGGGUCUCACGUUCUACGAUAAACUCACUGCAGUUAUCUACUAUGAGUAUUAUUUCCCUGAAGAAGAAAGACACGACUCUGCUGUGAAGAGAAACAAAGAGGCUCUGGCCACUGAAUUGAAACUCUGGGAGGGUUACCUGCAGAAGCUGGGCUCGGGCUCUUAUCUGGCAGGACCAUCGAUCUCGCUCGCAGAUGUGCUGGUUUUUCCGACCGUUGCCAAUGCUUUCAGAUUUGGGUUGUCUGCUGAGCGUUACCCUAAACUGGCAGAGUAUUACGCUCUGCUGAAGGACAGACCCAGUGUCAAAGCCAGCUGGCCUCCACACUGGCUGGAGAACCCUAAGGGACAAGACACGCUGAAAGACGUCUGAUAUUCACACACACUUGACAAAUGUAUUGAUUUGCUUUGGUGCCUGUAUCCUGCUUCAGAUAAUCAAGUCUCAGCUUAACGAUGACACAGCUUCUAGUUUUCUGGUAUGUUCUCAACACAUACUGUCUAUCAGAGACUUCUGAUGACGAUAUGUGUUCUGACUCACAGUGUCACUUGGCAAUAUAACUGCUCUAUGUCCACAUCCAUUGUGUGUGUGUGUCUUAUGUCGAUCUGUGCGGACUCGCAAGUUGCUAUCACAACAGUUAGUAUGAUGUGUUAAUUCUUCUCUGUAGUUAAUUGUUCUGCUGAAUCUGGUUGGUAUUUGUCUCCCUGCUUCUGCAUGUGCGUAGAUGUGACUGUAAAAGGAGGUUAAAGUAGGUAGGCGGUGCCUCAGUGAAUGUAACUAAUUUGUUAUACAAUGCCACAACCGGUUUACUCUGCACAAAGGUAACUCAAAUGCUCCGUGUUAUCAUUUGCAUGAAUCAGAUAGUUCAGUAUUGCACCCUUUGCAUGAUUUUGCAUUUUAUUUUUAUGCUGAGGUCAUGUCCCCUUUGAGCCACACUGCCCAUGCUGUAUGAAUGUCCAGUCUGAGUAACUUUAAUAAAAACUAAAGCUUGUUAGUUA